CUCGCAGCGGGCAGGGCGGCGGCGGGCGCCACCUCAGAGCCGGGGGCCGCCGGCCCGCGGAGCCCAGCGCGGCGGCGGAGGGGCGCUUGGCGGGCGCAGACGGCAGCGUCUGAUGAGACAUGGGAAUCUGGCUGGAAGUCAUCCUUCCUGUUGUUGACAUCACCUGAAAACUCGGCUGAAAAUAUUUCCACUAGUUUACUGCAGGCAUCAGCUUCCCCCGAGGACGUAACGCCUUGUCCAGAAGAUGGCAUAGUAAUAAAGUCACCUUCCAGGGAGCUGGGGUCCUUUCUCGUCUCCGUGUGUGCUGCUUGAAGUGAUCUGAAGCCUUUGUUUUUGGACUGAAGAAACGUGUCCACUGCUUGCCCUGAAAACCUUUCUCUCCUAAUUCAUGAGCCAGCAGGAUGUGGUCGCUGUGCUUUCAGAACGCCUUCUCAUAGCUGCAUACAAAGGCCAAGUGGAUAAUGUGGUGCAGCUUAUCAACAGGGGUGCCAAGGUAGCAGUUACCAAGCAUGGCCGGACUCCUCUGCAUCUUGCUGCCCACAAGGGUCAUCUCCAUGUUGUACAGAUUUUGUUGAAAGCAGGUUGUGACCUGGAUAUUCAGGAUGAUGGUGAUCAGACAGCAUUGCACCGGGCUACUGUUGUAGGCAACACCGAUGUCAUAGCAGCUCUCAUUCAAGAGGGGUGUGCUUUGGACAGACAAGACAAGGAUGGGAAUACUGCUCUUCAUGAAGCUUCUUGGCAUGGAUUCAGUCAGUCUGCCAAACUGCUUGUUAAAGCAGGAGCUAAUGUUCUCUCCAGGAACAAGGCAGGUAACACACCUCUUCAUCUGGCUUGCCAGAAUAGCCAUUCCCAGAGUACUCGCGUUUUAUUACUUGGAGGAUCUCGGGCAGACCUCAAAAAUAAUGCAGGAGAUACCUGUCUGCAUGUGGCUGCUCGUUAUAAUCACUUGCCCAUCAUUAGGGUGCUGCUCAGUGCUUUCUGUUCAGUCCAUGAAAAGAACCAGGCAGGAGAUACAGCACUCCACGUAGCUGCUGCUCUAAAUCACAAAAAGGUGGUUAAGCUGUUGCUGGAGGCAGGGGCUGAUGCAUCAGUUGUCAACAAUGCAGGUCAGACUCCUCUAGAGGUGGCCAGGCAGCACAAUAACCCUGAGAUUGCGCUUCUCCUCACUAAAGCAUCGCAGGUUUCACGCUUUAGUCGUGGAAGGAGCCUGAGAAAGAAAAGAGAGAGACUGAAGGAGGAAAGGCGGGCUCAGUCCGUACCUCGAGAUGAAGUGGUGCAGAGCAAGGGCAGUGUCUCAGCUGCUGAUGACACUCAGAGCAGUGACCAGCCACCCCAGAGGAAAAGCGAGCUGAAGGAUGAACCCCGGUCAACUUCACCAGAUCCCAAAGGGAAGAAGGGCAAAAAGAAAAAAACAAAAGAAAAGGUUUCAGCACUCUCAGACCCCAUUUCCCCAGCUGAUCAGCAAACACUCCCUCAGCCCCAGCAAAGCUUGCCUAAACGCAGAAGUAAACAUCGCUGCUCCUCUCCGCCGCCUCCCCAUGAGGUCCGAGCCUACCAGCUGUACACACUCUAUCGGGGAAAGGAUGGGAAAGUAAUGCAGGCACCAAUAAAUGGAUGUCGUUGUGAGCCUCUGAUAAAUAAACUGGAGAAUCAGCUGGAGGCAACUGUGGAAGAGAUAAAAGCUGAGUUUGGGACAGUACAAGAUAAGAUGAAUGUUAAGCUGGGCCAAAUGGAAAGCAAGACUCAACAUCAACUCCGUGUUUUAGAUAAGCUCAUGGCUGAGCGGCUGUCUGCAGAGAGAACAGAGUGCCUUCAUCGCCUUCAGCAGCACACUGAGCUAGAAAAAAAUGAGGGAGAGAAACGGCAGAUUUCCCUGGUCGAUGAGCUGAAGACUUGGUGCAUGUUAAAAAUUCAGAAUCUGGAGCUCAAGCUUUCUGGUGAUUCCAGGUCAUCGAGACCAAAAUCAACUUUGUCCACUUGUGAGUCUCUCACCGAGACCCUGGACACUGAGAACAAUGCCCACAGCACCAAGAACUGUAAAGCCCAGCAGGCCACGCUGCCGACAGAGGGCUCCCACCAGCAUUCCUAUAUCACGCUUCCAAAUAGUCUCUCAGAAGAUGGGGCAAGGAGUGGAGUCCAGAUGCCAGAACAGAGCUUUGGACAGCAUUUUUGCGUUCAGCAAGAUGGUGCAUCAGGUGCAGAGCAACAGUUAAUUGCUGCUGGACCAGCCUCUUCUUCAGCCCCCACGCAAGAUGUCAGGCCAAAGGACAAAGCUGCAAGUGCCAGCACUUUCCACAAGUUUCAGCAGGAACUGCCCUCCUCUGAGCUUCUAGGGUCCAAAUUAAGACACGUUAAGGUUCAACCUGCUUUGCAGCCCUUGACUGAACCAGCAAAGACCGAACCACAGAGCGGCUGCUUCAUCGACAAAGGAACCCAGACAAAGAAACCCAGCAAAAGCGGGCAGUUACGGCACAAAGCCCUGCACCACGCAGGGGCUCAUCAGAGCCAGCAGCAGCAGCCCUCCGCUGUGCCUGCAGGGCAGCAGCCUGCCCCUCCGCUCAGAGACACCUCCCAGGCACUGGAGAUAACACAGUACUUUUUUGAGGCAGUUUCCACUCAGAUGGAGAAGUGGUAUGAGCGGAAGAUUGAAGAAGCCCGGUGCCAAGCUAAUCAAAAAGCACAGCAAGACAAAGCUGCGCUUAAAGAACAUAUUAAAAGUUUAGAAGAGGAGCUCAGUAAAUUAAGGACUAAGGUGCAGAAGGAGAGCUAGCAUCCACAGAUGAGGUAAAGACAAGCAGUGGGGCUCAUUUUGGAACCUACUGUGUAGGAAUCUGGAAUAUUGAUAAAUAUAUAUGUAGUGCCUGUUACAAUACAAACAAAAAAAACGCUCUUUUUCAGGACUAGAAGUAACUUCAGAAGCUCCAGAACCAAGCAGGAGAAAUACACAGACUCUUUGUAUUGAUGACAAUGGUAUGCUGCAGAUUCGAUCCUUUCUUUGUGAUUUCCAGGAGUCCAUUAAUUAUUGCACUCACACUUUCCAGGUGCUGCUUGAAAACAAACUGCAUUAAAAACCAAAACUGCUUUCUGAAAAGGGAAUUUUCUUAAUUUCCACAUAGGUCAUAUGUGGCUAGAGGGUUCCACUGUAUGUUAAAUGUUAACAUGUGGUGAUACCAAUACUGAAAUAAAUCUGGGAUGUUGGAGA